AUGCGACCGCUUAAGGCGCCAGAAGUCGCACCGUUUGCAGUUCAGGACUCCGUCUUGUGCUGCACGCGGCAGCUCAAACAUCACACCCCAAGACCCAAAGGCCAGAUUGACGGAAGCUGCCUCGUGUUGAUGUCUCUGAUGCGCACCUGUCCUCACAGAGAUGUUGCAGACGACCAGUCGCCAGGACUGGGACACUUUACACAUCUUUACACCGCUUACACCACUUUCAGAAUCUCAUAUCCAGCUAUCACCAAUCAUGCGCUGGCCUUGAAGGCGGCAGAGGUCAUGUGUGCGCCAUACGGCGUCUUCGAAGCCACUGCCUCCAAGUAG